AAACAAAACAUACAAUUUUUAUCCCAAAAAAAAACUAUUUCUGAUAAAUUAAAAAAUAAUUUUAGUUUUUUAGAUUUACCUUAUAAAAUUCCUAUGAUAGUGAAACCUAAAGAUUAUAAUAGAGAUUUAGAAACUAGAAAUGAUAUUUUAGGGGGAUAUUUACUUAAUGAUCUGGAGUUGGUUACACCUUUAAUUAUUAAAAAUCCAGAAUUAAAAAAUCAAUCUGUAAUUGAAGAUAAAAAUAUAAUUUUUAAAAUGGUAAAUAAUAUUAGUAAUGUAGGUUUUAAAAUAAACCAACAAGUCUUAGAUUUUAUUAUGGAAUAUGGUUUAGAGUAUAAUUUAAUUAUAGACCCUAAUUUUAUUCAUCCACUUGAAACAAUAAAAGAUAGAAAUAAGUUAAAUUUAUCAGAAAAAAAAAGUUUAUACAGUUUUUUAAGUAAAAAACAUUUAGAAAUGAAUAUUUUAGGUUUAGCUGAUAUAUUUAAAUAUUUGGCUGAAUUUUUUAUACCAGUUAGAAUUGAUAAUAGAGGUAGAUUAUAUUGUACGGCUGAUUAUUUAAAUUAUCAAUCUACAGAAUUAGCUAAAUCUUUAUUAUUAUUUAGUAAUGGUGAAAAAAUAGAAAAAACCGAUACUAUUGCUAUAAAUUAUUUAAAAAUAUUUGGUGCUAAUUGUUUUGGUAAUGGUUUUGAUAAAAAAUCUUAUAGUGAAAGAGUAGAAUGGGUAAAUAAUAAUGAGGAAAAUAUUUUAAAUUUUAAAAAUGGUAUUUUAAUUAAUCAAGCUGAAUCUAAAUUGUUAUUUAUUGCAUUUUGUUUUGAAUAUUUAAAUUACAAAAAUUCUUUAAAUAAUAAUAAUUCUUAUUUUAUUAGUCAUUUUCCUAUUCAGUUAGAUGCUACUUGUAAUGGUUAUCAACAUUUAAGUUUAUUAACAGGUGAUGAAUCUUUAGCUUUAGAAUUAAAUUUAUUUCCUGCUACAGAUCAGGAUGUCCCUAAAGAUUUUUAUACUUUUGUGGGAUUGAAAUUGACUGAUUAUUUUAAAAAAAAAAUUAUAGAAAUUAAAGAAAAAAAAUUAACAGAUGAAAAUCUUGAAUCUUAUGAAAAAUUACUUAAACUAAAUAUUCACAGAAAAUUAGUGAAGUCUUCUGUAAUGGUUAAACCUUAUAACGCCUCUUUACUUCAAAUGGUUAAUUAUAUUAAAGAACAUUUCUCAGAAUUAAUAGAAAAUAAAAAAAAAUUUUAUGUACUUGAGGGUAAUAAUGAGAUAAAAGUUACUAACCAAGAUUUAUUCCUUUUAACUAAAACUAUUAACAAAAUUAUUUAUGUUGAAUACCCUAAACUUAAAAAAAUUAAUAGUUAUUUAAAAAAAAUUGCUGAAAUUUGUUCUACUUUAAAUAUUCCGAUUGUUUGGGCUUUACCUUCAGGUUUAAAUGUUAAUCAAUAUUAUGAAGAGUCUGAAGCCAUUAGAUUAAAACCAUUUACAUAUAAAAAAAAUACUUUUAAAUUGGCGAUAGGAAAUAAAAAGAUAAAUAAAGCUAAACAAAUUAGAGCUUUAAUGCCUAAUUUAAUACAACUACACUCUUUGGAUGCUACUUCUUUAGCUUUAUUAACUGAAAAUUUUUUUAAUUGUUCAAACUCUAAGGUUAAAAAUUUGUAUACUAUACAUGAUUGCUUUGCUGUCACUGGUAAUAAUGUUGAAAUUUUGAUUAAUAUUAUUAAAUUUGUAUAUGUACAAAUUUAUUCUGAUAAUAAUUAUCUAAGAAAAUUUGAUGAAGGUAUUAUAGAAAGUAUUAAAUUACAAUUUGGUAAAGAAGUUUUUAAUGAUGAAAAAAAACAUAUUAAAUUUAAUGGUUUUGAUUUAGAAUAUCCGAACAUAGAUUCAAUAAUAGAU